CUAGCAACGUCGACAGCUUCUUGGUCACAUCAUGUCAUCAGAGGAUCGCUUUGCUAGGCUUCAAGAGCGCUAUAAAGCUUUGUCUGCACGUCUUCUAGGUGACAACACAACAAACUCCGACCAUCAGCGGAGGUCCCAAACCAAGACUGCGAGGCCAAAAUCAUCACUUGACGUGCACGGUAGAGCAAGUAGGAGCGAGGAUGAGCACAAUAGACGCCUUAAACUGAUUCACAAUCACAUGUGGCAACAUCGCCAGGAAGGACGUGAUAUGAAGAGAGCUGAAGUUGAAAUGAAGAAGACGCAGACGCAGUUGAAGAAGACGAUCCAGUGUUUGGAGAAGGAGGCCGAAAAGAAGAAGAGGGAAGAGGACUUUGCGUUCCAUACGAAGCAGCUCGCGCUGGCGAAGUAUGAACAGCAAGAUUUGCGUAGUAGGAAGGCUGCUACAGAGGCGAAAAUUCGUGCAACAAAGGAUGCACAUAGAGAGCGGAAUUUGGAAUCACAGAAACACUCAAAGGCUCAGGAACACGAUGAAUUUGUCUACCAGACUCUCUGUCAAUCCCUUGACGUGAAACAAGCAGAGGUGCAACGUUUGACUAAAGAAUUUGAGGAAAAAAUACGUCGCAAAGAAGAGGAACAAUUUGAACUUCAAAAACGUCUUGCAGACGUAGCAAUCAGUGUGAACAUGGAAGCUAGUAAGAGACGACAGCAAGUUGCUGACGAAACACGUCAGCGAUCAAAACAAGUUAUGAAAGAACUACAAGAGAAGGCAGACAAAGAUGAAGCUCUAGACAAAGAGAGAAAGAGAGUCGCGUUAGCAGAAGCUCAAAAUGAGAACAAUAAGCGAAAACUAGCAAAGGAACUGAGACGGCAACGAGAAUUACUUACAACGCAAGUGCGAGAGACUGCACGCCAGCUGUCCGGUGUCCAGACCUUAAUGCAGAAGAAUACUGAUAUGCAGUUGCGUGUGCAAGAGGCAAGUGACCAUGUAAACGCUGAGCAACAGCUAAGGCAGAGUGAAGAGAAGGUACAAAUGGUGGACGCAAAGCAUCAAUCUCUAGUAAAAGCAAAACAACGCGAAAGCCAAACACGGAAUUUGAAAGAGCAAUUUGAGUGGGAAAAACGAAUGACAGAGCGACAGAUUGAAGUAAAACGUAAAGAACACGAAGACAAGAUGAAACACUUGACAAGAGUUGUUCAGAAACAGGAGGAUCUAGAGAGAGCUCUGUAUGAAAGAGUCCGCGAGGCAGAGCUAGCCAGACGUAAGCAAGAUGACAUUAUAAGCCAACUACAAGCCGAUUUGGACACUAAGAAACGAGAGAAUGCAAGACAACUGAAAGAACUGGCAGUACAGACACAGAAGGUUGAAGAGGACAUGAAGCAGCGUAUCAUCAGGGAAACUGCCGAGUUAAGCAAAGCGAUCAAUGAGAAACAGGAGGGACUGAAGAUGCUCACACAGUCGCGCUUUCGAACGCAGGAGGAGAGAUACAUGCUGGAGGAGGAGAAGAGAGAACACGAACGAGUUAAACGAAUAGAAAUGCUCACACUUGUUCAGCAGACAAUAAACACACCCCUUCAUAUUCCCAAUCGUUUCGAGACGUUCACUAUGCCGGUAGGAAGAAGCGGCUGGCCUGACGACGUCGGAAUUCUAGCACUCGAAGUCUACUUCCCCUUCACAUGUGUCUCCCAUACGGCUCUAGAAGAGCACGACGGCGUCAGCAAGGGCAAGUACACAGCUGGUCUCGGUCAGACGAACAUGGGCUUCUGUACGGAUCUCGAGGACAUCAACUCACUAGCCAUGACAGUCGUACACAAUCUGAUGGAGAAGAACGACGUCAAACCGGAGGAAGUCGGACGCUUGGAGGUCGGAACGGAGACGAUUAUCGACAAGUCGAAGUCUGUCAAGAGUGUGGUGAUGCAGCUCUUCGCGGAGAGCGGGAAUACGGGCGUCGAGGGCAUCGAUACAACGAACGCGUGCUAUGGAGGAACGUCGGCGUUUUUCAACGCUGUUGCGUGGGUGGAGAGCUCGGCAUGGGACGGACGCUAUGCGAUCGUUGUGGCGGCCGACAUUGCUGUCUAUGCGUCAGGAAACGCGAGACCGACGGGUGGAGCUGGCGCUGUGGCAAUGCUGAUUGGAGCUAACGCUCCUCUGGUACUGGAAAGAGGUCUACGUGGGACACACAUGGAUCACGUGUACGACUUCUAUAAACCCGACUUAUCGUCUGCAUAUCCUGUAGUCGAUGGCCAUCUGUCCAUUCGUUGCUAUUUGUCGUCUCUCGAUACAUGCUACAAACGUUAUCGAGCGAAAGCGUCGGAUAAGCAUUUCACGUUGGACGAUAUCGACUUUGUCGUGUUUCACUCGCCGUUCACAAAGCUGGUGCAGAAGUCAGUAGCUCGUCUUGUUCUCAAUGAUUUCUUGAGCGACCCGGAACCAGACGGGCACUACCCUCAGCUGUCAAGCCUGAAGGGUCGCACACUUGAAGAUACUAUAUUGGACAAAGACGUUGAGAAACUGUCGGUGAAAGCCAGCCAGGCGACGUUUGAUGCUAAAACAAAACCGAGCACUUUGCUUGGAACACACGUCGGGAACAUGUAUACUGCGUCGCUGUAUGGCGGUCUUGUGGGACUUCUAGCAAUCUCGAGUCCUAGUGACCUGGUUGGUCGACGUGUGGCUCUCUUUUCGUAUGGAUCUGGUCUAGCAUCGUCGUUGUACUCAUUACGUGUUACAUCUGACUUAGCUCGUGCUACCAAACUUGUUGAAAGCCAGGCUCACGUACCUGGUUCAUUGAAGCGGCGGCUAACUGUCAAACCCGCCGAGUUUGAACGUAUUAUGAAGGUUUGUGAAGAAACACAUCAUCUAGCACCAUACACACCGGCUGGGAAUCCCGAAUGGUUAUUUCCUGGUACAUACUAUCUUGUUGGUAUUGAUGAGAAACAUCGAAGACAAUAUGCAAGAAAAGGGACAGUUAGCAAUGUGUUCAAAAACGGUCAAUAGUCAGUCUAGUAUGUUUUGGUUCUGUAGGAGGACUACACCGCAUGUAUGUAGCAGUCAAUGUACUCAGAUAUUUAUGUAUUGUGUAGCUACGUAGAUCUGAUGUUAUUUAUGUACGUACUAUACAUGAAUUAUGGUGGCCUGUACCAAAGG